AUAGAGCUACCACAUUUUCUGCAUUUUCAAGGGGAGUUGUGGCUGAGCUAAAGAUGCCUCCAGGGUCACUUGGCCGUCUUUUACAGCACCGCCUGAAUCAGCCAACAACCAAUCCAACCCAGCCAUUAGUCACUCAGAUGCAGCCUCCUAUAUUACCACCUCCUCCACAUCCCAACUUCCAAUCAGUAGAUCUCCACACCCAACGGCCAGUGACUAGUGUUCUUCCUUUAAUUUUAAAUAGUGUACCACCAAUAACAUACGACCCAACAUCGGCAGUCACCAGUGACAAGUUGCAUACAACUGUUCAGUAUGUACUCUCAGAGAGUCAAUCUCAUUGGACAUUAACAUCAUCACAAGAAGUUCAGCAUCAAACCAGCGACCAUUUGAUGACAGAGCCUGAUUCUCAGGUCUCUAACAUCCAUGCUGUGUCUCUAGCCAGUGAAAUUACAGAAUCCUUCACUGAGAUGUCCGUGUCUCAACCACCGUCAAAGCUUCAAGGGGGUGGACCCUUCAGCUUUCUCAAGAUGGAUUUGUAUUUGCCGACUCCAACACAGAGUCGUGUAACUGAAAUUAAGGCAAGCCACUCUGAGUCAGUAACCCAGUCUUCUGCUGAAUUGCACAAAUCUCAAACUCAGCCUCACCAGUUGGUUACAAAAAGCACAUUUUACCAAUCCUACCAUGAGUCAACUUCAACCCAGAUUACUCAAACCAAACUUGAGCACUCAGGUCAACCUCUACAUCAGAAAACACAUUGGCAGUCUUCACCAACCCACUCACAAAUAUCUCGAUCUGAUCCUCAACAAUCUUUUCCUCAAAGCCUUUUUCCGAAGUUCCAUCUUGAGCUAUCGACAAUCCAGUUUUAUUUGCCUUCCACACAACCUCCACCUCCACAAUCCCAAACUCACAGUCAACCUUUGCUAGCACUACCUAAACCAACUUCGACCAUAUCUGAACUGCCUCAAACCCAAACUCAGUCAUCUCCAAUACAACAUCCACUGUUCCACUCACAAGCUCCUCUACCACAGACAGAAACUCCACCACUCCAACACAGAAAUCCUCUUAAAAUCCAGCCUUCAGACUCAACCAACCAUCAUCCUGAUCAGACUUCCAAUCCUUCAAAACUGGACCCUGAGAUUCCUGUUGUCCAUCAGGUCAACAUGUCUGAUCAGGUACAUCUAAAUAUUAGCCAGCAAGGUGUCCCUGUGCAGUCAGCUAAAUCAGCCAAUGACACAGAGCUUACAGAAUGGCUGAAGAGGAACACAUCCCAAUCACCUAUGACCAGCAAUGAUCCAAGAGUGACGCAGCAGUCUCCAUCAUGGCUGCCUGUGCUGGAGAAACAUGACAUCCCCAUUGUGGUAGGAGUGGGUGUAUCUUUGGCCUUCAUCUUCAUCACUGUUACCUUCUAUUCUGUGGUCCAGAAGAAUGAACCUGCACCAACAAGCCGAGCAGCUCAGAGGAAUCUGGGUGUCCCCAUACGACACGCUGAACGUCGAGCUGCAGGACGAACAUAUGAAAACAGAGCUUUUGAAGAUGACGACUGUGUGGCUGUGAUUGAGCAGAGCCCCAACACAUCUGACACCCGAGCCCGACCCCCAGGACCAAGCCUGGUCACGGUGCAGAUGGAGCCCACAUUUGAGGAUCUUCAAGAGGACCCACAACCCGUUCUGGACAACCACUCUGUCAUUGUAGAGACUUAUCCAGAGCCCAUUCUUGACACUAAGGUUGAUCCCUCUCUGGAAGAAGAGAAGGGCUGCAGUUUGUCCCAGCCUAGCAUCCAGCUGCAGUGUGCUGAGGACUGGACCAGUAACAGAGGAGACAACCGCAGCCCAUGUCAGGAUGCCUUGCCUCCUCCAUCAUCCUUACCCUCCCGUUCACCAUCCCCCUCUCCACCAUCCAGACUUGAGGAGGGUCUACGCUCCUCAUUAACCCUACAGAGUGCUGAGGCAUGUGUAGCACCUAUUCACCACAGCCUCAGCAUCUCACACAGCAACCCACCCCUGCUUCUUUCUCACCAUGUCUCUUUGGGCCUCACUACAGUUGCAGUGGAUGUCCAUUUUUACCCAGCAGCCACUGCUCCGAUGGCAGUAGGCACUAGCACUCAUAUUAAUUCAAUCUCUAAUUCCACUUCAGUGGCUGCACCUCCGUUCAGUUCCCCAUUAGUUAACACUCAGGAGAAUGAUCAAUCGACUGCCAGAUUUCAUCAGAGUAAGUAGCUACAGAUUAGGGCAUCAAAUCGUAUGAGCAAUCAACUGUAAAGCCAUGAUGAGGAAAAUGUGCCUCAUAAAUUGGUGUAUCGUGAGAAAGCAUAUUUAAAUGUAUGAAAACUCCUCAUAAAAUUAAAACUUGUCGUUUUUACAUCUUUGUUUUUAUAAAACAAACAUACAAUAAGGUAAUUACCUAGCAUUAGAGAUGCUGGCGAGCAUAUUUUUAACCUUGAACACAGCCAGGAUAGCUGCCUGCUUUCAGUCUUUAUGCUAAGCUAGGCUAACUGUCAGACAUGAGAGUGGUAUUGACCUCCUCAUCUAACUCUCAGCAAAAAGGUGAAUAAUUAACUUUCCAAAAUGUUGAACUAUUCCCGUAAAAAAAAGUAUGGGGCUAUAUUCUGUAUAAGCGUCUACAUCUUUUUGUAAAUGUGUAUUCAUAGCUUUAGCACAGCACUUUCUUCCAUGUGGUUACAUUAAUUACUGUCAUGUUACAGUUUGACUAUAGUGCAGGCUACUUCUAAAUAAAACUUUUAGUCUUGCUUUCUACUUUAUUCUACUUUUUAAUUUUCAUUAUUUUCCUACUGAACCAUGAAAGAGAAAAUGUACAUGUUGUUUAGUGUUAACUUUAUUAACGUUUCACUCAUAUUGUGUUAUUGGUUAUGGGUUAGUACAUUUUGACUUUAAUGUGUUGUACAAUAUUGACUUCUUUAGUGAAGCAGCCAAGGAUAUUUUACUUUGUCAUAAAAUACUGUGUUUAUUUGUGACUGUACACAAUGAGUUUCAGUGAUCUGCUCAUUCUCUUCAAGCUACUUGACUGUUAACACCUUUUUUGAAACCAAAGGAGAGUAAGAGGGGCUGUAUUAAUAAACAUUUAGACAAUACAACCAAACUCCGAAGUGAUAUUUUUGCAUGUUACUCAGAUGUGGGCAUGCUUCAGUGGAUGAAGCCAUGCUUUAUUUAAAAUGUAAUUCACUGCACAUUAUUAAAAGCUCUAACUAUAACCAUGUGCUUCAAACGUCAUCACUCCAGAUCUUGUGACAGUGUCUCAGUAAGUUGUUUGUGAAAAAGCUCCGCGGAACCUGAAAGUAAGCUAAGGAUCUUUGACUGGUUUUGGUUUCAGUUUAAUAUUAGUGCCUCUAUAUGACCUACACAGACAAACAUGACCAUCAGCAAGAAGAUUGGCUAAACAAUUAGGCUGUUUUUUUACACACA